CGACAUACCUGUGAAUAAGAUCCAAUAUAAUUCAGCGACACUCCAUUCAUGUAUGUAAGUUACUACAUACACUACUUUUCAUAUAUAUUAUUCAGUAACUUCUAUUCCCAAAUAUAAUGGCAAACCAAAAGCAGCAGAAGCAUGUGAAGUUCUUGAUCUAUGGCAAAACUGGGAUGAUUGGGGGCAUGUUGGGAAAGUUAUGUGAGGAAAAAGGCAUCCCAUUCGAGUAUGGAAAGGCCCGUUUGGAGGAUCGGUCUGGGUUGGUGUCGGAUAUGACCCGCGUCAACCCAACCCACGUCUUCAACGCCGCCGGGGCGACAGGAACGCCCAAUGUGGACUGGUGCGAGUUCAAUAAAGUGGAGACAAUCCGGUCCAACGUUAUCGGGGCCUUGAAUUUGGCCGACGUUUGUGAGGAGAAGGGCGUUUUGCUGCUGUACUUUGGAACUGGUUGCAUGUUUGAUUACGAUUCGGAGCAUCCGGUGGGUUCGGGUCUCGGGUUCAUGGAGCAAGAUAAAUCCAACUAUGCUGGCUCCUUCUACUCUAAAACCAAGGGCAUGUUGGAGGAUCUUUUGGGAGAAUACAACAAUAUAUGCAUCCUCAGGGUUCGAAUGCCGUUACUGUCCGACCUCAAUCAUCCUCGUAACUUCAUAAAGAAGAUCCUAGGAUACGAGAAGGUGGUGAACAUCCCAAACAGCAUGACAGUGUUGGACGAGCUGCUGCCAAUGGCAAUUGAAAUGGCUAAAAGGAACUGCAAAGGGAUAUGGAAUUUCACCAACCCAGGUGUCAUAACUCACAAUGAAGUUCUAGAAUUGUACAAAAAGUACGUCAAUCCUAGAUUAACUUGGACCAACUUUACCUUGGAAGAACAAAGAAAAGUUCUUGCUGCUCCUCGUUGUAACAAUGAGCUUGAUUCCUCUAAGUUGAAGCGUGAGUUUCCUGAGCUAUUGGGUGUCAAGGAAUCAGUGAUAAAGUAUGUCUUUGAACCUAACACCAAAAAGUAAAAAUCAUUGUAAUGUUAUCGAUCUAUGUCAAAUAAAAUGUGUUACCGUUGGGAAUGAUAAUUUUUCUUGUCACUCAUUAAAAAUGAAGUGCCUUAUGUUGUGUCUUAAUGUCUGGCAGACUGGCACGCAGUGUGUAUUGUGUCACUACUUGUGUUAUGUACUAAGUAGUUCUCAAAUGGUUUCAAUUGGUUGUGACUUUUGAGAAUCUUAUGGUCGAGUUAAUAAAUUAGUAAAGAUUGAAUGCUUGUUCAUCUUUUUCUAAGGUAAAAAGUUUU